UCGAUCCAGAUCUGCUCCAAAUCAGGCAAUCAGUACCUUUAACAAACGAACAAGUGAGAAAGCUAGGAAGAAAAUGUCCUUCCACGUCCUGCCGUUGCUACUGCUGCUGCAUCUAGUUGCCCGUCUCCCGGCGUCGACGCCGGCGCCGGCGGUGGUUACCCACCUGCCAGGAUUCGAUGGCCCUCUGCCCUUCCACCUCGAAACAGGGUACGUGGGCGUGGAGGAGGAGACCGGGACGGAGCUCUUCUACUACUUCGUGGAGUCGGAGAGGAGCCCCGGCACCGACCCCGUCAUCCUGUGGCUCACCGGCGGCCCCCGCUGCUCGGGCUUCUGCGGCAUGGUCUUCCAAGUCGGUCCUAUAAACUUUGUGGUGGCACCGUAUAACGGUAGCUUGCCGCAGCUUGUCUAUAACCCCUAUUCAUGGUCCAAGAUUGCAAGCAUCAUCUUUUUGGAUACUCCCGUUGGCGCUGGAUUCUCGUAUGCUCAUGAUCCCAAAGGUUACGAUGUUGGAGACAUAUCGUCUUCUUGGCAAGUUGUCACAUUUCUGGACAAGUGGUUCAGCGAUCACCCACGCUAUGCUUCAAAUCCUUUUUACAUUGGAGGAACUUCAUAUGCUGGAAAGGUUGUUCCACUUAUUGCACAAUACAUUUCACAAGGAAACGAACAAAGAAGGCAAGAUGAGAUUAAUCUCAAGGGCUAUUUAGUUGGCAACCCUAUUACAGGCUUAAGGUUUGAUGAUUUCAAUUCCAGAAUACCAUAUGGUCAUGGUGUUGGAAUCAUUUCUGAUCAACUAUAUGAGGCUGCAAUGGAGAAUUGUGAAGGUAACUAUGUAAGCCCAAUGAAUAAAAUGUGCGCUGUGGUUAUAAAUACCAUUGAAAAUCUCAUUUCUGAACUGUACGAAGAAUAUAUCUUGGGUGAUAGAUGUGUACAUGAUGCACCAAAACCUGUGAAGAAUGAUACUUCAAGAAAUAGGUUUCUGUCAGAAGAACAAUUUCAGCUAAGCAAAUCAUCUCCUCAUCCUACUAUCAAUUGUUUCAAUUACCGGUACUACCUGUCUAACAUUUGGGCAAAUGAUCACAGGACUAGAGAUGCUCUUAGGAUCAAGAAGCUGAGACCAUGAUAUGGUGGUACCACAUUUGGGAACACAGGCUUGGAUAAGAUCCUUCAACUUCUCCAUUGUUGAUGACUGGAGAGCAUGGCAUGUUGAUGGCCAGUCUGCAGGGUCAAGUCAUCUGACUCUUAUCCUUUAAAUUGUGCCAUCCUCCUCUCUCUUUCUUUUCUUGUUCUUAGACCAAGCAUAAAAAUUGUUAACCCUUUCCAGUGAUUACAAUCUGACUGAACCUCCUCACUCAGUAAACCAGGAGUUACAUCAAAGCAUAUAAAGGUCUCAAUGCUACACCAAUGAUGGGCGGCAUGUCUUCUGUAGAAUAACUCGUACUCGUAUAGAACUUUGCAAAAGACAGGUUAUGUUGCAUAUAAUUUAACAAAGGUUGUUUUGUUUAGGGCUCUAUUAUUCUAUAAAGCCAGGCGCGUCGGCGCCUUCUGUCUACAAUUAAUAUGUUAGCAACAGUAUGUUAUGCUGCCAAGGGAUUACAACACCCCGCCAGCAAAAGAAUUGUACAUGCUUUCACAUUUUAGUUAUGUUAGUUUUGUGUUAUUUGAUUAGGAAUACAUUCUUUCUAUGCAGAUUUACAAUUGGUUAUGCCAAUCACAUGACAUUUGCGACAAUAAAGGGUGGUGGUCAUACAGCAAUCAGCUUCCGGCCUAAACAAGGAUUUGCCAUGGGUCAGCGGUGGCUGGACAAUGAGCCGCUGUGAUGUGCCUGCUUUGGUUGUACUGUUUUCUUGUGCUUACAGUCCUUGCAAGUUCUCCUUUCUUCUUACAGUUACGCUUCUGUGGCCCGAUAGAACAAGUAUGUUCUUGCAACUCAUUUAGGCCAAUGGGGGUUGGGUCCUCUAGUUUACUUUUGUAAGUUGAGUUGAUCCUGCUUGCUUCCAUAACUUUGUUACAUGUGUUUUUCUCUUAUGGCGUACUAGUCAUUUAGGGUUGAGCAUGCAACAGCUUAUGUAAUAAUCAUUUUGAUCUUCUGUUCUCUAAUUCCAUUCAGUUGGUGAGUA